AUGGCACCUCGUACCUUGUAUGAUAAGGUGUUCGACCGUCACGUCGUGGAUGAGAACAAUGGACUUGCGCUCCUCUAUAUUGAUCGCCAUUUGAUUCACGAGGUGACCAGCCCGCAGGCUUUUGAGGGCCUAAGAAAUGCCGGCCGGCAAGUUCGACGACCCGAGUGUACUCUCGCGACUGCGGAUCAUAAUGUGCCUACGACAUCGCGAAAUGAUUUCGAGUCUGUGGACAGCUUCAUCGAAGAAGAAGAAUCGCGGAUCCAGGUCCUCACCAUGGAACGCAACGCAGCCGAGUAUGGAGUUCAAUACUUCGGUUUGGGGGACAAACGUCAGGGAAUCGUCCAUGUCAUUGGCCCCGAGCAAGGCUUCACACUCCCCGGAACGACCGUGGUUUGUGGUGACAGCCACACCAGCACUCAUGGGGCCUUCGGCGCUCUGGCAUUUGGGAUUGGUACAAGCGAAGUGGAACAUGUGCUUGCUACCCAAACCCUUCGAACGAUGCGCAGCAAGAACAUGAAAAUCCAAAUCGACGGCGACCUCCUACCUGGCACCAGUAGUAAGGACAUCAUUCUUCACAUCAUCGGACUCAUCGGCACUGCCGGAGGAACUGGCGCCGUCGUGGAGUUUUGCGGCAGUACAAUCCGAGCUUUGAGCAUAGAGGCAAGAAUGAGUAUUUGCAACAUGACCAUCGAAGCUGGCGCAAGGGCCGGUCUGAUUGCACCCGAUGAAAAAACAUACGCCUAUUUGAAGAAUCGGCCGAUGGCCCCGGCAGGGUCCGCAUGGGAUGCAGCAGUAAGCGAAUGGUCAACUUUCUUUUCGGACGAAGGUGCCUCGUUUGAUAGCGAAAUCUACCUUGAUGCGAAGAAUAUCCCGCCCUCCGUCACCUGGGGAACAAGUCCACAGGAUACCGUUUCAAUCACUGGCAUUGUGCCGAGCCCAUCUGACUUUGCGGAUCCUCUCAAAGCCGCAGCUUGCGCGACGUCUUUGAAAUACAUGGGUCUGACACCUGGAACCCGAAUGGAGGAUCUGAUUUUGGAUAAAGUGUUUAUUGGAUCCUGCACAAAUUCCAGAAUGGAAGAUUUGCGAGCCGCAGCAAACAUCGUCAGGGGAAAGAAAAUUGCCAGCACCCUGAAGUGUGCUAUGGUCGUCCCGGGAUCCGGUCUCAUCAAAGCUCGUGCCGAGAAAGAGGGUCUGCAUCAUAUCUUUCUGAAAGCCGGUUUCGAGUGGCGAGAAGCUGGCUGCUCGAUGUGCUUGGGAAUGAACACUGAUAUCCUAGACCCCGGAGAGCGUUGCGCUAGCACCUCUAACCGAAACUUUGAAGGGAGACAAGGGAAUGGGGGAAGAACCCACCUUGUCUCCCCGAUUAUGGCGGCCGCGGCAGCUUUGACUGGAAGAUUGACUGAUGUUCGUCAAUUUCUUCCCGCCGCAGCUGCAACUGUCGUCCAUGAUGCCCAUUCGCACUCCGUGGAGGGCGAUUCCGGCAGCGCGUCCGAGGUCGAGGAAGAGUCGGAAAGAUCUUCGGAUAUUUCAUUUACAUUCCAGCCGUCAUCUGGGUCAUCCACUCCAAGUCUAGGAAUCCAAAAGUUCACUACGCUCAGGGGAAUUGCUGCACCGAUCGAUCGAAACAACGUCGACACGGACGCAAUAAUCCCAAAACAAUUCUUGAAGACAAUCAAGAGAACCGGACUCGGAAGCGCAUUAUUCUAUCCUUUACGCGUCGACAGCGACGGGAAAGAAACCGAUUUCAUUCUCAAUCAGGGCGUCUUCCGCUCUGCUUCAAUUCUGGUUUCCACGGGAAGCAACUUUGGAUGCGGUAGCUCCCGUGAACACGCCCCAUGGGCGCUUCUCGAUUUUGGUAUCCGAUGCAUCAUUGCCGAUUCUUUUGCCGAUAUCUUCUACAACAAUACGUUCAAAAACGGCAUGCUGUCGAUCGUUUUAUCGGACAAGGCCGCUCUAGGAUCGAUUGCGAAGGAAGCUGCAACAGGGCGGGAAAUCGAGGUUGACUUGGAAAAUCAAGAGAUUCGAGAUUCAUGCGGUGUGAAGCUUGCUGGAUUCGAGGUGGAUGCUUUUAGAAAGCAUUGUCUUCUCAAUGGCCUCGAUGAGAUCGGUCUCACCAUGGGGAUGGAGAACAAGAUCUCGGCCUAUGAGCAACGCCUUAAUACCUCAAAGCCAUGGUCAAAGCCAAAUCCUGCUGGUCGGCGAAAUAUGCGUCCAAGCCCUAAGCGGGACACGGGCUCAUUGAAAUGGUGA